AUGCCUGGAGAAUCAAGGAUUGAUCGGGAUACUAUUCCAACAGAAUAUCUUCAGUCUUAUCCCUAUCCAGCAUUUGUUCUUGUUGUACCAACAUCUUCAUCCCAAUCAUCCGAGAAUGGACAGCACACUUCACAUAUACACUCGUAUCCCCGUGACGAGCAAGAUAUCUUUGAACCUUUCAAGAUCUUCUGGGCAAACGAUAAAUGGAGAAAUCUCGCUCGAGGCAAUACGCUAUUAGAAUGUCUGGAUGUGGAAGGGGCGCGAAAGCUAGGAAACUGGAUAUCAGGAUUGGAAGGAAACGGAAAGAGUGAUCUACCCAGUCCCGACAAGGCCCAAUCCGAGGCCGGACCAUCGCAGUAUGCCCAGAAUACCUUGGCAGCGUCUAGAAAUAAUACUGCAAGUCCACAAGGAGGACCGAAGAGUACUGGAUAUGAUCGUAUAGGACAGUCCCCACAUAGUCCGCGCUCGAUACAACACGCAUCAUUCGGUCAAGAUGAUCCUGCACAAUAUCCGAGCCCUUCCUUCACCCUCCCAUUCCGCUUAGAUCUCGUCCAUCCAGUAAGAACAGCAUGGAAACUGCUUCAGGUGAUAAUGCCAAUAUGGCGGAUUGGAGAGAACGCUGAACGGACACAAAUAGGGACACAUAACUUCGCUAUCAUAACUACAAUACCUCGUACAUCGGCAACUUUAGAGAUGAUGAAUGGGCUGCGUGCAUAUCAGGGCGAUAAGCAGGACGUCAAGGAGAUAGUUUCACCACAAAUCGAAGAGAAGCCAUUCGCGCAGCCCAAAACAACUGUCCUCACAGGUUCACCUGGUUCACAUUCCAACACUCUGAAUAGACCAAUACCAUCAGCAUUCAGCUCUGAUCCCAGUGUUACUCGAGGAUCAGGAAUACCAACGGAGGAACUGAAGGGAUUUGAUUUUUCAACUAAGCAGACUGAGGCUAUAAGAUUUGGAAGAGAUGGUACAGUGACUCGGCCGACACCCAAAGCAAAAAGCAGUUCCAGUGAUACAAAAUACAAGACUGCCCAAGAAUUGAUGGAUAGCACAGAUUGGGCAGCUACAUCUUUGGGACCUAGAGAUCAAUGGCCGCAGAGUUUAAAAACCGCCGCAUCGCUCGUUCUGCAUUACCCUCAUCAAUGCUGCCUGUGGUGGGGCAAGGAUCUUACGCUGAUUUACAACGAUGCUUACGCUCAGAUGAUACACAAGCAUCCGCAUAUAUUCGGGACGUCUGGUAUCGUAGCUUGGUCAGAGGUAUGGCAUAGUCUUGGUCCUCUUUCGGAAUUGGUAUUAAAUGGUACUCCCGUGUACAAAGAAGAUGAUUUCCUGCUGUUCAAGCAGCUUCCAGCUGACGGCGAUGCAACUAUGGAAGAAUACCAUACAUGGAUGUGGGUACCUGUCGAACAAGAAGAUGGAACGUUCGGGGGUUUAUGGAAUGCGACUAUCGCAACGACCAGUAAAGUUCUGGCGGAAAGGAGAAUGACUACUGUGCAGGAGAUGGGUCAGAGGACUUCCAAUGCUAAAACAAUGCAAGAAUUCGAUGAAGCUGUAACCGAUAUAUUGGCCGCGAAUCCUCGGGAUGUUCCAUUUGCCGCGUUAUAUCACGUCGAUAUGCCUUCAACCGCAACUCGGAGCUCUGAAGGAACUCAAUCUAUCGAAGUCACUCGUAGUGACGGUCAAUCUGGCUCGCAAGCUGUCCAUCUUCGUCUAGCAGGAAGUAUUGGCAUACCAGAUGAACAUCCGACUACACCGUCUGCUAUAACGAUGGACAUCCGGCAACGAAUGCGUGGCAGCGCUGCAUCCUCCCGAAGUCGUCCGAGGUCACCAUCAUUGUCUGUGAUGUCUGGUCAUUCUCAUUCUGAUACUCAAACUUCUCAUGCCGGUACAAGUGUGCAUAGUGAAGAAGACGAAUCCUCCUUUUACUUGAAACAAUGGCCUAUACGGGAAGCUCUGGCCUCAAACAGACUCGUCAUGGUCGAAAAUUGCCAAAGUAUGAUUGACGGUUUUCCACUGAGGGUUUGGGACGAGUUGCCCACUUCGGCAGUGGUGGUUCCAAUUGCCAACGAUUCCGAUGAAGGAAUACCAAGUGCCGUGUUAAUUAUCGGAUUAAAUGUUAGGCGGUUCUAUGACGAUGAUUAUGAGGCGUUCAUUCGAUCACUUCAGGACCAUUCACAUGGCACAUGUAUACUAACAAAUAAAUCCAGACUAAGGGUUCAGCUGGCAUCGGGUAUUGCUGCCGUGAGAUCGUAUGAAGCAGAACGACGAAGAAUAGAAGAGUUAGCUGCGCUAGAUAGGGCAAAAAGCACAUUGUUUUCUAAUGUCAGUCAUGAGCUACGCACACCAUUGACUUUGAUCGCUGGUCCACUCGAUGAUCUUCUGCAUGAGACUCCUGCAGGUUCGAGGAGGGAAACGCUGGUAAUGGCCCGUCGAAACGUACGCCGGCUGACUCGUCUGGUGUCCACACUGAUGGAUGUGAGCCGCCUUGAGGCCGGCAGAUUGAAAGGAUCUUUCCAGCUGGUCAAUCUGGGAACGAUGACUCGGGAUCUGGCUGUUCUGUUCAGAUCAGCUAUGGAGAAGGCCAGAUUACAGUACUUCAUAGAAUGUGAUCUUUCACUGAGACCAGUAUACGUCGAUACCGAACAUUGGGAGAAGGUGGUGUACAACCUAAUAGGAAAUGCUAUGAAGUACACUAUGGCAGGUUCGAUAUCAGUGAAGCUGAAAUACGAAUCUGGAGACGCUAUAUUCGCUGUGCAAGAUACUGGUGUGGGAAUACCUGCUUCCGACAUCGAUUUGGUCGGCGAACGUUUCCAUCGGGUUCAGUCUGUUAGUCGAUCACAUGAAGGAACGGGCAUUGGUUUGGCUUUGAUAAAAGAACUCAUCAAACUCCACGGUGGCACAAUGUCGAUCGAUAGCACUACCGCUGAUGAAAGUAAGGACGGAUCGCAUGGGUCCACCUUCUCCGUGCGCAUUCCCCUUGGGUCUGGGCAUCUCCCACCUGGCUCUGUGGAUGAGGUUGCGGCAACGCAGGCAACACAAACGACAUAUGGCCAAAGUAUAAUCGACGAAGCCAUGCAAUGGACUAGAGAUCGAGAACAUAGCUCCACGACGUCCUUGGACGGGUCGGACAGAAGUAGCAGCCCAGACGAUCCUUUAGGCCGCAAUUCGAAAGGUAUCGAUACCAGUACUCUUUAUUUCAAGAAGGAAGAUGUCAUUAUGCUUGUUGAUGACUCAUACGAUACCCGUCGAUACAUGUUUUCGAUAUUCGCACCUUUCUGCACAGUGAUAGAAGCCAGAGAUGGACAGGAAGCGUUGGCCUUGUGUGCACAACAGGCCCCUGACCUGAUAAUAUCAGACGUCAUGAUGCCCAAUCUCGAUGGAUUUGGUCUUCUUCGUGCACUCAAACAGUCAAAGAAGCUGGCGAUUAUACCAAUCAUCAUGCUUACAGCUCGUGGUGGCGAUGAAGCAAGGGUCGACGGCAUCUUAGCUGGUGCAGAUGUCGCUAGAGCUCAUAUGCAGUUACAAUUUGGGAAACGAAGAAAGUCGUUGGAAGAAGCAUUUGACCAGCGAACUUCUGAGCUUCGAGCAGUGACAGAAUAUUCACCCGUUGGCCUAUUCCGGACUGCGAACGACGGAGAAGUCACUUUGACCAACAGUGCACUGCACGAGCUAUCUGGUUAUCCUGUUGAUCAAGCUGUGGAAGAUUGGGGAGUAUAUAUUGCAGAAGACGAAAAACCUGGAAUGGUUGCCUUUUGGGAACGGGUCCUAGGUGGGGAGGACGAUGAAAUUUCGAUUUCACACGACACCAAGUUCAGUAAUGGCAGAUGGGUACAAAUAAAAGCAAUACGUUUGAACAGAUUAGGGGGUGAUGCCGGUUCCGGAUUGACGGGAAUACUUGGCUGUGUGAUCGAUAUCACGGAGCGAAAGCUUAACGAAGAGGCACAGAGACUGCGAGUGACCGAAGCGGAACAAAGGCGUCAGGAAGCUGAAGAAGCAAAACGGCAACAAGAACUCUUGAUUGACAUCACUUCUCACGAAAUUCGAAAUCCCAUAAGCAGUUUGAUGCAGAUAAGUCUUGAUUACUGCUCGUCCCUCGUGAAAACGAACCUUUUGACCCUUCAGGAACAGCUAGAGCUGGUACAUCGAAAUAAAUCUUCCUUUGUUCCCACCGAACAACUGCUCACCAAUAUCGAGGAGGAUUUAGAAGCAUUAGAGAGCAUAUAUCAAUGUGGAUUAGCACAAGAACGUAUCUCUAAUGAUGUUCUGUCUUUGGGGAAGAUACAGCUCGAAAUGUUCGAUGUCGAGGUCGAUAUGCUGCGCGAGACCCAAAAAGUGCUAUCCAUAUUUCAGAACGAAGCAAGGAUGAAACGGAUAGAACUUUGUAUCAAGUAUGGAGAAGGUAUAGAUAUACUGGGUAUCAAAUCUGUCAAAACCGACCCUGUUCGAUUGAGCCAAAUCGUCACCAAUCUGCUCUCGAAUGCUAUCCGUUUCACUGCCACAAGUUACGAUACUUGUUUAAUGCCUCGCACUCCUAUACUCCCAAAAGAUCUGGCAGAUGAUAUGCCAAUUUACCUCUAUUUUGCAGUCACUGACACAGGUCCAGGUAUGACGGAAGCCGAGCUGGGACUGUUAUUCCAAAGGUUCUCCCAGGUUUCUCUGAAAACUCACACCAUCUUCGGAGGCUCCGGCUUAGGGCUCUUUGUGUGUAGACAAAUAACGCAAAUAAUGGGCGGGAAGAUAGAUGUCACAAGUCAAAAAGGCAAAGGUACUACCUUCCGAUUUUUCAUCAAAGCCCUGACAAGCCAAACUGCCAAUGUUCGAUCGUCUGUGGAAGUGAAGGGCAGCAUCGGCAAGCUUACCAAUCCGUCCAAAUCCAAAGCAAAAGAUGCAUUCCAGUUUGCGGGGAAGAAGCCGCAUGUCUUGAUUGUAGAGGACAAUCUCAUUAACCAGACAGUCUUAGCUCGGCAGUUGCGACACUGUAAUGUGACUUGCGAUGUUGCAAAUAACGGUCUAGAAGCCUUGGAAAAGAUCAGAACCGUUUGUUCCAUCAAUACUAUAGAAGCUCCCUUUGAUUGCAUUUUAAUGGACCUUGAAAUGCCUGUGAUGGACGGAUUGACGGCGCUGAAGCAUAUUCGAGAGGAAGAAGCAGAAGGAAAACUGAAUAAAAACCUGGUCAUUGCGUUAACUGGCAAUGCCAGGCAAGGUCAAAUUGAUGAAGCAAUGAGUAGGGGAAUGGAUGACGUCGUGAUCAAGCCUUAUCGAUUGGAUGAUCUGUUGCAAAAGAUUGAAGCAAUGAUGAGGCUUCGGGGAGGGGAAAACCAAAUAGACUUCAUCUUGAGUUGUCCCAAUUUCAUAAGAGCAGACCAUGCGCCGGGCAAGCCUCAGAUAAUAGAUUAUGAUCGGCUAGAUGAUGGAUAUUCACCACUAUGGGACAUAGGAGUCGUGUGGUCCAAUGACAAAUGGCAGGAUUUGGUGGAAGUGGAUGUACCUCUCGCAGCGAUAUUGGGCGAGCAGGAAACAGAACGACUGAAACGGUGGCUUGUAGAAUCAUCUCAUUCCAAAGGAUCUCCUGCUGUCAAGCACAUCAAUGGUCAAGGAGGAAAGAAUGGUCCAUCACCAUCUCGGUCGCUUCGCAAUACAAAUCUUACUGUGCAUCUCAGCUAUCCAAUCAAUAUAUCCCUGUCAUUGACCAAGACCUUGAUAUCCAAUUCUUCACCAGAAAUUGCGAUAUCUGGUCCAGCAAGCGGUUCUUUGUUCGUUAUCACUUGCACACCUCAACCAGAAAUGGCAAUGGAUGUUACUGCAAAAUCUCAUGCCUCUCAAGCGCGUCAAAUAUAUCUUGGAAAUAUGACUGAGCCUUCCAUUCCGUUUCCUAUCUUGUUUUCCCAUCGAAUCUCUGGCACGGACCCUUCCACGCCGAGGAGUAACGAUGUCUCCGUGCUUUUGCAGACUAUAGAUUGGGAUCAAACUCCCCUUGGACCUAGAGAGCACUGGCCGAAAAGUUUAAAGACCAUUGUGUCUGUGGUUUUCGGUUACUUGACUCCUGCAGCUAUAUUCUGGGGAGAAGAGUGCACUUUGAUAUACAAUGAAGCUUAUUCUCGAACUACUGCCAAGCACCCAUAUGCAUUUGGAGAACCUGGAGCCGAGGUUUACAAAGAGGUUUGGGAUUUUCUAGGCCCCAUGGCUGCACAAGCAAUGAAAGGCGUCAGCUUCAACCAGGAAGAUGCCACUGCAAGGUCAAUGGAGGAAUACGAUUCCGCUAUCGUUGAAAGUAUGCAGAUUUCACCUCGUGAUGUUCCCUUCAUGGCCUUGUACAGGAUGGAUCCCAAAAAGGGUACUACAUACAAAAAAACAGAACACGAGAGUGGCGCAAUCGAAGAAGAUGGAUUUCAUACAAUGCGGUUGACUGCUUCCAUUGGUGUUCCCCGUGACCAUCCAUCAAUGCCUUUCGUUGCAAAUGUCAUGAAGCGGAAACUACCUGCGACUGCUUCUUUUCAAAACCCCUCUGACACGCCCCCAAACGUCGACUUCGCGAUCCUGCCGCCUGUAACCAAAACAGAAACCCUUUCCGACUCAAAUAUCGUAUGGCCAAUAGGAGAGGUUCUCGAGAGCCACAAAAUGGUCGUUAUGCAAGAUUGUCGAAACUUGAUGCAAGGAUUUCCCAUCCGCGUAUGGGAUGAUUUGCCGGAAGCUGCUGUGAUCAUACCUCUCAACAGUGAUUCGGAGCAGGACGUACCCGACGCAAUUCUCAUAUUGGGUCUCAACAAAAAUCGGCCUCUAGACGAAGGGUACAUGUCAUUCUUAAUUGGUUCGGGUAUCGCUGCUGUGAGAGCUGCAGAGGACCAGACUUUGCGUGUGGAGAAUUUAGCCGCUUUAGAUCGGGCAAAGACCGUGCUAUUCUCUAAUAUCAGUCACGAACUCAGAACGCCUUUGACACUGAUCAAGGGGCCCGUGGAAGAUUUACUGCAAAGCUCGCUUGAUCGGUCGCAGAGAGACUUGUUGACGAUGGCUCAACGGAACGUCCGACGUUUGACUCGGCUGGUAUCAUCUCUGAUGGAUAUCAGCAAGUUGGCAGCAAAUAAAUUGACUGGCACUUUCCGCCUAGUCAACCUUGGUGCGCUGACCAACGACCUUGCUUCGAUGUUCUGUAACGUCUUCGAGAAGACCAACCUUCAAUACAAAAUAGAUUGCAACUCGGAACCAUCGGAAACGUACAUUGACUCAGAGCACUGGGAGAAAAUCGUUCUGAACUUGAUCAGCAAUGCCAUGAAAUACACUCUGCAAGGAUCCGUUGACGUGGUUCUCCGCUAUGAGCUAAAUACUGUGGUGUUAGAAGUGCGCGACACGGGGGCUGGUAUACCAUCCAAUGAUCUGGAUCGUAUCGGAGAACGGUUUCAUCGGGUUGCGUCCACUAGCCGAUCACACGAAGGUACCGGGAUUGGUCUUGCAUUGGUUAAAGAUUUGGUAAGGUUGCACGGGGGCACAUUUGAGAUUGAAAGUGUGACAGCUACGGAGUCCGGUGAUGGCUCACACGGAUCUACUUUCAGGACUCGCAUACCCCUGGGAUUCAAUCAUCUGCCGAAUCAAUCUGUCAUCCUGGGCGAUGUCGAGCACAUCGAGGCUCGCUCAUAUGCUGAUGACCUCGUGAGCGAAGCUAAUCUUUGGAACCGAAAUCAAGAAGGUCCAGACAAAACCUCGUAUAUGACUUCUGGAGGAACAUCAACUGGUUCUACAAGCUCUGGAUCGUCUCCUUCAGUGGGACUCGAUUUCCCUACGAAAUUAUUCGAUAGGGCGGACACUAUCAUGAUCGUAGAUGAUUCAUAUGAUAUGCGGAAAGUUAUUGAAGCCCACGACGGUCAGGAAGCUCUCGAACUCUGUUCACGCGCACUUCCUGAUCUAAUCAUAUCUGAUAUCAUGAUGCCUAGACUGGACGGCUUCGGUCUGCUUCAGGCAUUGAAGUCUUCAUCCAAUCUGAUUUCGGUACCGAUCAUAUUGCUCACCGCUCGAGGGGACCAAGACUUCAAGGUCGGCGGUUUGAUGUCAGGAGCGGAAGAUUACCUCUCGAAACCCUUUAGCACGCCAGAGCUGCUAGCCAGAUCUCACUUGCAACUUUUGCUGGGAAAAAAGCGAAGGCAAUUGGAAACAGCAUACCAGAAACAAACACAGGAACUGCGAGCGGUUCUAGAUUACAAGUGGGCGCAAUCCGUCGCGGAGUCGAGCCUAGAACAUCUCACAGCAUUCUGGACAUCAGCUUUCACUGCUGAUCCAUCAAAAGUGACUGAGUCUUGUGACUUCCAAUGGGCCAAUGGUCGGUGGGUUACUGUCCAAGUAACCCAAUUGAGCCUUGUGGAGCCUGGCUUGACGGGAUUAUUGGGCUGCGUGACUGAUAUCACAGAUCGGCGAAAACAUGAAGAGGCGCAGAAGUUGCGCAUCACCGAGGCUGAGAACCGACGUGUAGAAGCUGAAGAAGCCAAACGUCAACAGGAGUUGUUAAUAGAUAUCACUUCGCACGAAAUUAGGAAUCCAAUCAGUACGAUACAAGAGCAGCUCGAGGUCUGCAUGAACAAGGAGCUGCCUUUUAAGCCUACUGGACAACUGAUGAAUACUAUCAAAGAAGAUCUGGACGCUUUAGAAAGUAUAUACCAAUGUGGACUUUCUCAAGAGAGAAUAUGUAGCGAUGUCUUAUCCUUGGGUCGUAUCCAAUUAGAUAUGCUCCAGAUGUAUGACACAGAGACGAAUAUCAGGGAAGAAGCUCAAAAAGUACUUUCCAUCUUCCAAAGUGAGGCACGGAUGAAACGGAUAUCGUUAUCGCUCAAGGAAGGAGAAUCAAUGGAAAGGCUAGGAAUCGACACAAUCAAAAUAGACCAUGUGAGACUGGGACAAGUGUUCACCAACUUGCUAUCGAAUGCUAUACGAUUUACAGCGAACAGUGAUAUACGACGAAUCGAGCUUGCUGUAGAUCUAAGUUUCGAUCCCCCUUCCGAUUCAAGUUGCGGUAUGCCACCGCCUUCAGAACAACCACAAACUGUGAAACCGGGUCAUCCUAUCUACCUUUACGUUGCAAUCACCGAUACUGGGCCAGGUCUUACUCCUGAAGAACUGCAAAAGCUGUUCCAUAGAUUCUCGCAAGUAUCCCCCAAAACGCACACUGUCUUUGGAGGAUCAGGCUUGGGACUUUUCGUUUGCAGAAAAAUAACUGAUAUUAUGGGAGGACGUAUUGAAGUUUUAAGUGAACGCGGCAAAGGAAGUACAUUCCGGUUCUUCGUGGAAGCUCGAACCUGUGAAAUGACUACAUCGACAACACCCUCUCAGAUCUCUUCACCUUCAGGAAGCAUCAAGAGCAAACGCCCAAAGGCACCGAAGCUGAAGCAAACCGAAAGCUCUAUGAGUGUUGCGAUGUCGAAAAUUCCAAGUUGGGCAGUUGGAGGUAAAAAACCCAAAGUUUUGAUCGUAGAGGACAAUCUCAUCAAUCAAACGGUUCUGGCUAGACAACUAAAACAUGUAGGAUUUACGGUCCAAGUCGCCAAUAAUGGAUUAGAAGCUUUGGAGAAAUUCAGACAGAUAUCAAGCUCCGAUGGUUCAAAGGAGAAAUCAUCAUUUAAUUGUGUCAUUAUGGAUUUAGAAAUGCCGGUCAUGGACGGUUUGACGGCGGUUAAGCAGAUUAGACAGGAUGAGAUUACCAGUUCGUUGAGCAGAACACCUGUACUGGCAUUAACUGGUAAUGCUAGACAAGGUCAAAUUGACGAGGCAAAGCUAUCUGGUAUGGAUGACGUGAUCAUCAAACCAUACCGUUUAGACGAUCUUUUGUCCAAGAUUGAGAGUAUGAUAAGGCCUGAAUCGAAUGAUGUUGUAGCAGAAACGAAUAGACUGAAUAUAAAUGGAUAG